AUGUCUGCGAUGGACGCCCCCACAGCGAACGAGCCAAGCAGCAUCCCGCCGGAAGCCAUAGCCCUGGCGGGCCGGAUGUACAAUGCAGCACGCCAAGGCGACAUGGCGAUCCUUGGGCAAGCUCUACUGGCAGGUCUGCCGCCCAACAUGACCAACGAGAAGGGCGAUACGCUUCUCAUGUUGGCGGCAUAUCACGGUCACGCCGACCUGGUCAGGUUGCUGGUCCAGCACGGGGCCGAUCCCAACCGACUUAACGACAGAGGGCAGAGCCCCCUUGCCGGAGCAGUCUUCAAGAAGGAGGAUGCCGUGAUAGAGGCGCUGCUCGACGCUGGUGCGGACCCAGAGUAUGGGCAGCCCAAUGCUCUGCGGUGCGUUGAAAUAUUCAAGCAGGAGGAGACAUGGAGGUCCAAGUUUGAGGAGGCACCUGGGCGAGGAAAGGCGGUGCCAGGCAUUGAGAUCGGGGGGUAG